AUGCCGCCCUGGCUGCUCGGCAGCCUCUGCUGCGUGCUGGCGGCGCGGGCGGCGCUGGGCGGCGGCCCCGCGGGCGCGGAGGAGGAGGCGGAGGAGAAGCUGAUCCGGGUGCUGGUGCUGCUGCCGCAGGACGACGCCUACCUCUUCUCGCUGGGGCGGGUGCGGCCGGCCAUCGAGUACGCGGUGCGGAGCCUGCGGGAGAGCGGCGCGGGUCUGCCGCCCGGCUACGCCUUCCAGCUCACCUACGAGGACUCGGCGUGCGGCAACCGCGCCCUGUUCAGCCUGGUGGACAUGGUGGCCCUGCAGCGCCGCCGCCCCGACCUGCUGCUGGGGCCGGUGUGCGAGUACGCGGCGGCGCCGGUGGCGCGGCUGGCCGCGCACUGGGACGUGCCGAUGCUGUCGGCGGGCGCGCUGGCCGCCGGCUUCGGCGCCAAGGGCGGCGAGUACUCGCACCUCACCCGCGUCGCGCCCGCCUACGCCAAGAUGGGAGAGAUGCUGCUGGCCCUCUUCCGCCACCACCAGUGGAACCGGGCCACGCUACUCUACAGCGACAGCAACCCCGAGCGCAGCUGCUUCUUCGCUAUGGAGGGCGUCCAUGUGGUCUUCCAGGAGGAGGCCUUCCACAUGGCCGUGCACAGCUUCGACGAGACCAGCAGGCACCUCGACAUCGACGACGUCGUCCGCGCCCUGCAGACGGGCGAGAGGGUUGUAAUCAUGUGUGCCAGUGGUGACACUAUCAGGAACAUCAUGUUGGCUGCUCAUCGACAAGGAAUGACCAACGGGGACUAUGCUUUCUUCAAUAUUGAGCUCUUCAACAGCUCGUCAUAUGGAAAUGGUUCUUGGAAAAGAGGAGACAAACAUGACCUUGAAGCCAAGAAAGCAUACUCAUACCUCCAAACUGUCACUCUGCUGAGGACUGUGAAGCCUGAGUUUGAGAAGUUCUCCCUGGAGGUGAAAAGUUCUGUUCAGAAGCAAGGUCUUCAUGAAGAUGACUAUGUGAACAUGUUUGUGGAAGGAUUCCAUGAUGCCAUCCUUCUUUAUGCUCUAGCAUUACAGGAAGUGCUGAAGAUUGGUUUCAGUAAGAAAGAUGGGGAAAAAAUAGUUCAACAAACAAGGAACAGAACAUACGAAGGCAUUGCAGGGCAGGUGUCCAUUGAUGCAAAUGGAGACAGAUAUGGGGAUUUCUCUGUGAUUGGAAUGACAGACCCGGAGGCAGGCACACAGGAGGUGAUCGGGGACUACUAUGGAAAGCAGGGACGAUUUGAAAUCCGAUCGAAUGUGAAAUACCCGUGGAACCACGGCAGGCUGCGGCUAGAUGAAAGCCGAAUUUCAGAGCACACAAACAAUACACCGUGUAAAUCAUCAGGUGGUCUAGGAGAAUCAGCAGUUACAGGAAUAGUUGUGGGCGCCUUGCUUGGAGCAGGACUGCUAAUGGCUUUUUACUUCUUCAGAAAGAAAUACAGAAUAACUAUUGAGAGACGAACUCGACAGGAGGACUGUAACAUGGGGAAACAUCGGCAGUUACGUGAAGAUUCCAUUAGGUCUCAUUUUUCUGCUGCAUAAAGAAGAAGAUGAAAAAGAAUCCCAUUCUUCCUAGGGAAAAGAAAGAAUUAGAUAAAAGGACACAACCAAAGACAUCAGUGUAAAAAGAAGAGGCUCUUGAAGAA